UUCGCUUCACUAUGUACAUGUACAUCGAAAGAGAAACGUGCACUCGCUUCUACAGAGUUUGGUGAGCAUUGUUAGCUUACAGGACCGAAUACUGGUAUAGUUUACACAUAUAGUACAUGCGCAAGAAAGUGCCACAGCAACGGGAAUAUCUUGGAUUAAAACUUAUUAAAUGCCAUCCACGUGAUUGUUACGGGAUUGGGGAUUUUAACACCAACCACGAAGACGUUUGACCACUGGGGCUUGUCCGUGAUGGAGGCACAUUUUCAUUGCCAAUCAAUGGAGACCACGUGACGGCCCUUGAAAUAUCUCACCACAGGAAAUUACAUGUCGUUUGGAAAAUACACGACUUCGGGACGUCGCUUCAGAAGUGCUGAUGGGGAAUUGGACGCAUUGCCAUCCUAUCUGUGUCCUUAGUGUUGUGGACCUUCAGCAGUCGGUGUCAGGCACAACCCAGUGUGUCUGGUGAUACACCGGAACAAAAAGGUUCCUGCUGCAAUGUUUGUGGCCAGGGAUUAAUGAUCGGACCUUCAGGAACUCCGGGAAUUCCGGGUCUUCCGGGGAGUUCUGGAGUCCAAGGCCCGAGGGGUGACCCUGGCUUUGGCCUUCCUGGCCCCAAGGGAGACAUCGGUGACCGUGGACAGAAGGGAGACCAGGGUGAGCCGGGGAUUCGGGGACCUCCAGGGAAGGAAGGACCGACCGGGUCCAGCGGAGUCAAGGGACAAAAGGGAGAACCUGGAGAAACCACUGCUGUGACGCCAACACCGCUCUCUGUCGUCGCUUUCAGCGCCUUCAGGACGACACAUUUCGAGGGGAAUAACCUUGAAGUCGUCAUCUUCAAUGACGUUGCCGUAAACAUCGGCAGUGGGUACGAUUCGGACACGGGCGUAUUCACUUGUUCCGUUCCCGGGCUGUACUUCUUUACUGUCAAUCUCUUGAGCCGUAGGACUGGUCUUCACUCUUAUGCACACUUGUUGAAGAACGGUGAUAACGUAUUCGCAAUAGCUGACAGCCACUCCGGUUAUCACCACCAAUCCAGCAAUUCAGUGAUCCUUGUCUUAAACGUAGGUGACAGGAUCUGGCUUGCGCUUUAUGGCAAUAACAAAGCUAUCUACGGAGAUAGUAGCCGACAUUCUUCAUUUUCAGGUUUCAUAAUCCGUUCAAUGUAAAAGUGAAUUGAAUUUGAUACUUUAAUCCCAUGCAUCAAUUAGAUUUUAGCUCCCACCCUAUAAAAGUUAGCCCAUGGCCCAUGUACACGCAUGUAUUUUGUGCAUUAAAACAACGCUUCUGAAGUUACUAAAUCCCCACUCAAGCCGAAACCCUAGUGAUUGGAUGUUUAACUUUAUACCAAACCGUUUUUAUAACGUUCAAUAAAAUGAGAACCAACGUGGAGGGGAAUUAUUACUGCUCAGUAACAAUUGAAGUCGUUAAACUUAGUCAUCUCGGGAUAAUUUUGUUCAGUACUUCGAAUGUAGUGUUUUCCAUCGUCAGUGAACAAUAAACGUACUUUAAUUCACAGAGGCAAUAA